GUUGUGUUAAUUAAUUUUCUUCAUUUUAGUUAAUUAUCGUAUUGCAUUUCCUCUUGUGUAAUGUGAGAAUAUGUAUGAAUGUUAACAUAUUGGUUGGAGUUAUAAAGAGAAAUUUUGACCCAUGGAUAAUCGUGGAUACCCAAAACCCGAACGGGUAUGGGCAUGGUUUCGAUUUUCUACCCGUUUCUUAUGUGGGUAUGGAUAUGGGUAAAACCCGAACUACUUUAGGUAAGAUAACAGAUAUGCACUAUCCGCCCCCCGACCCGACCCAUUGCCAUCCCUAGGUAGGAGUAGGAGUAGGAUCAACAAAAAAAACUUUAGCCCCCAUUUCCACUUGACCUUUGUGACAUUUGAACUCCUAAAAGGUUGGUUUUACGCUAGGUUUCGUUUUUUUCAGUGUGUUUCAGAUCCUAAUUGGUGAAACCGACCCUAUAGUGGAAAGUUGGGAGAAGUGGAUCAAAGAAUGGGCAAAGAGGAGGAAUCAGCUGAACUUCAUGGCCUGGCAUUGGAGUUCAUGGUCUCUAAGGCCGUGAACUAGAACGACAAACCGUGAACAGCGAGGUGUCCAAGAGGGUUUCAGAGGUUACUGACGACCAGGGUGAAGCUUUCUCAACUAGAGUCAAAUCCAUUUGACCUUUGCAAAGUAAUUUAGUUUUAAAUCUUUAUUUUCACCAAAACCGAUUCGCAAGAUAAUGUUUCAAACGGUCGAAGUAGAGGUACAUGGACCGGCCCGGGUCGAUAGUUAAACAUACUUGCCCUGUAUUGCACCCAUCUAAGGUUUAUACUGGUACCUUAGGUUUGGAUUUUAUUGUGAUAGUCAGGUACGAGUCAAGUUUUUGGCGCCAUUGACGGGGAUCAACGAUCCGUUAUCGUGAAAAGUUUGUUUGGUGUUAAUCUAGCUUUUAAUUUCUGUUUUGUUAAGAGUUGAAGUGUGUGGUUGUGCCAUACGAGUUGUGUUCUUUGAGUGUGUGUAGGGAGGUGCAUGGCCCGGAGCAAUCCGGCGCUUUUAGCACCAUUGGACGAGGAUAUCAACCAGACUCUCCGACUUCUAGCUCGUGAGAGAGAGCAGCGGAGGCAAGAAGAAGAAGUGAAGGUAGGGAAUAAAUAGUUGGUCCCAGAUUUGAAGGAAUUGAAGAAGAAGUUGAGAUUGAGAUGGCGGCAAAUCAACCUCAAGCUGCCAAUCUGGCCCCGAAUGAAAAUGUGGAAGCGGGAGUCGUGGAAGAGCCAAGGACGAUGGCUAUUACAUGGCUCCACGGGCGGCGGAUAUCGAAUCACCAAUACUUCAUCCACCCGUGGCCGCCAACAAUUUCAAAAUCAAGCCCUCUCUCGUCUCGAUGAUUCAACAAAAUGCCUACGUCCACUGUCUUUCUCAUGAGUCACUAUGAUUGCAUGUCCAAAUGUUUCUUGAGCUAGCGGAAAGCUUGAAGAUUAAUGGCGUCACCGAGGAGGCGUUGCGACUGAGGCUUUUCCCCUAUUCUUUGGCGGGGAAGGCACUCCGAUGGCUCAACAACCAACCGACUCUAUCCAUCACCUCUUGGGACGAUCUCCUCAACAAGUUCAUGACCCGAUAUUGCCCUCCUUCCAAGAUGGCCGAGUGGAGGAAGAAGAUUAGUCACUUCGAGCAAGAGGAGGAUAAGUUGUUGAGGGAUGGAUGGGAAAGGUUCUCGGACUACUUCCUCCAAUAACCCCACCAUGGCUUCGAGGAGAAAUUCCGAAUCAAAACAUUCUAUGGAGGACUCAUGCAAGAUGACAUGAUCCUUAUCGACUCUCUUUGCCAAAGGAGGUUGAUGAACAUGACCCCUCCUCAAGUCACCGAAUUUCUUGAAGAUAUGGCUCUCAAGGGAUAUGAUUAGGGUUUGACGAGAAGUGAUAAGAGAACCACCGAAAGAGGAGUAAGAAGUGUGGAAGCGUUAGCCAUUGUGAUCGGCCACAACAUCAUUCGCACAAAUUCUUCCCCCACUCAUGCAUCUUAUCAAUAAUGUAAUCGGCCACAACAUCAUUCGCACUAGUGUUAGCCAUUGUGAUGCAACACAAGUUCCUGAUCUUCCACCCAUCUAGACAACUACAAAAUCUCUCUGCUAUAUCAACUCCAGUAUGACUAGUCACCUCAACAAAGCAUAUGACCUUUUUCACCAACUUCCAAUCUUUAUCAACAUAUUGAGUAUUCACACACAUAUAGUUUGCAUUCUAUACAGAAGUCCAUGUAUCUGUGGUUAUCGAUAUUCUUACUUUGCAUUUUGUGACAAAGAAAUUUCUCAGGAUAUCUUUUCUUUCAAGGAAGAUACAGUAACAAUCUUCUCUAAUAGUAAUCCUACCAGGUACAAACAAGGGUUGCGUCAAUGCCAUAAAAUGUCUAAAUCCUUCAUGCUCCACAUAUUUAAAGGGAAUUGCAUCCAAUAUUAUCAUCUCAGCUAGAAAAAUCCUACAUUCAGUCUGGUCAAACUUCUAUGUCGAAAGAGAUCCUACCUGACCACCAGUAGCUGUAGAUGUUGGCUGCAAAUUCAACAAAGUUUGAGAGAUAUCACUCUCCUUCUGCCUUUUCCUUGCACAUGCCCUCAUAUGUGUAUUCAUUGCAAUCUUGGGCAUGGCAAGAAGUCCUAGAAGGUCUCGAUCUCCUCAAGCACGAACUUCGGUGGCAGGUUGGGUAUGGCUCUUCAAUUCGUGUCUUUGAGGAUUGGUGGUUGCCGACUACUCCUCCUUCCUCCCAAUUCCUUCUUCCUAGGGUAAGCAAUGCUCCACAAAGGGUGGCUUAACUUAUCUGCAGUGACAUGUGUAGCUAGAAGCGAGAUCUUUUGGACAACCUCUUCCAUCCAGCCACAAUCAAGAUCACCUUAGGCAUUCCCCUAGCCCUUCGCUCGUCACAGGAUCUCUUGAUUUGGCAUUACACUAUCUCAGGGGAGUAUACAGUUAAAACAUAUUACCAGGUUCUUACAAAUGAGAUCAAUGCACGAGUUCCUCCCAUUGUGUUGCCUUUUGACUACAGGUUUUGGAAGUACUUAUGGAGCUUACCGGUACCACCAAAGUUGAGGAAUUUCACCUAGCGCUCUAUUAGAGGAUUCUUACCCAUUCAAAUGGUUCUACUCAACAAGAAGUUCGUCACUUCCACGAGCUGUAUUUUCUAUUCUAAGGGUGAAGAAAUGCUCACGCACUAUUUAAUGAAAUGUAGGAUACCUA